UAUAGAUGGUUUAGAAAGGAGAAAUGUGUGAAUAUAUCAUCAAUCAAAAAGGGGGUUUCUUCAUUCACCUGCGUUCGUUCGUUAGGGUUUCAUCAUCGCAACAAGAUGAUGAAGAGCCAGCAGCAGCAGAGGAGUAACAACAACAAGGCAUCUUCUACAACAUCUAAGAGGAAGAGGAAGAUGAAGAGCUCUCAGGGUACCACCUUGUUGUUGAAGGAGGAGGUGUUGAAGCUUAGUUGUGAAGAGUUCAAGAUGAUGCCGCAGCUUUGCUCUAUCGAUGAUGCUUUUCAUCUUUCACAUAGUGAGUUUAGCGAAAUUUUUUACUUGUUUGUAUCAGGGAGGCUUGCUGCUACUGAGGAAUACAUGAAGUGGAAUUUGUAUGCCAAAGCAUUUUAUCUUAAAUUGCAUUCCUCCUGUGGGAACAUACCACCUUUCAGAUACGAAUCAUUGCAGGUGGCAGAUGGGUGGAUCUCAUCAGACGAGGAAGAACCCCCCCUCUCCCCAGAUGGGAUCUCGUCAGUUGAUGAGCUAACGCGAGUGAUUGGUUUCGCCAGGCCCCGCCUUUUGGGGCCAUUCAAAUUCGGUGAAUAUACUGAACGCACCCAACCUCGCUGUAUUCCUUAUCAUCUCUAUUUGCUGCUCAAGCAAGCAGUUGCUAUCAUCAAGUCGUCGCCCACCAAAACCACAAAAUUGAAAAUGGUUGAGAAAAAAAUUCGGUUUUUUUGCAACUACUUCCACUCUCAUCUGCCACCUGGCUGGAAAUACAAACGGGACCGAGCCAGCAAAGAAGUUGAAAGCUAUGACCCCACACGUAAGCCUAGAUACGAUAUGUCUGGUUACACCCCUAUCUCCUCUUUUACAGGCGCGCAUGUGGAGUUUGAGUAUGAUGAGCAGACCCGUCUCUCGCGACAAAGCAUGAUUGCUACUAUGUGGAUUAUUCACUCACGUCAGACGCCUAUCCUUUGGGAACUGUCCCCGGAGCAGUUGUCAUUCUAUUGUAAAAUAUGUUCCUGCUUUGGUAUUGAUUACCAUCGUUUAGAGGCCGCUUCUGAGGAUGAUGUGCGUUUGAUGUUUGUGGGAGUUUCUAAGUAGGGGUAAAACGAAAAACUUAUGUAAGAUGAAAAGUAUGGGGGACCAAAGUUGAAAACAAAAAAGUGUUGGGGGUUGAAUUAUAAAAGAUGAAAAGCUUUUUGGUAAAA